UCAAGAACUCAAGUCUCAGGCAACACAGAGCUAUACUAGGGAGAAACAAAGGAAGAUUUUGUUUCUCCUUCUUCAAGAAACAAGCCCUAGCUAGAUUGAUUGAGACUACUUCCUUCAAGAAGCCAUGGACAAAGUUGUGAGAAUGUCAUCAGAGAAAGGAGUGGUUAUAUUCAGCAAGAGCUCGUGUUGCCUGUCUUAUGCAGUCCAAGUCCUCUUCCAAGACCUUGGGGUUCACCCAACCGUCCAUGAGAUCGAUAAAGACCCUGAUUGUCGUGAGAUCGAGAAAGCCCUAAUGAGGCUCGGGUGUUCCACGCCGGUCCCAGCCAUCUUUGUGGGCGGUAAGCUCGUUGGUUCGACCAAUGAAGUCAUGUCGAUGCACCUAAGCGGCUCGCUGGUUCCACUGGUUAAGCCAUUUCAGGCCAAUCUAUGUUAAAUAAGGUGUUCUAACUUUCUAAACCUAAGAAUUUGUAUUUCAAUAAGAAACAACCAAAAAAAAAACAAAACACAAUGGUUUUAGCCUAAUGCAACCUUUGUAAUGUAGCUUUAUAAAUACUGUUCGUUUUGUAAUCUCAUCAAAGAUCCUACAAUAAUUGACUAAUUUAUACAACCAGUUUGUAAUUUUAGCCUUUAUGGUAACAUUUCAGGGGAAUCAAUGAA